AUGUCCCACCUCUACUCCAUAUUGAACCCAGAGGCGAAGAGCAGACAGGACUUGAAAUCGUCCCUUGACACCGAAUCUGUCGAGCACCUAUCGUCCACCCCGGAUGAUGAUAUUUCCCCCACGUCCGACGACGAAAUAGACGAACUUGACGGGGAGACUGACGAGGAGGACGACUAUGAUGAGCAAUCGCCGCCGAUUCUGAACCCUGACGGCUCACCACUCAUGGAUCAUCCUCUCGAGCUACCCCUAGAGGAAGUCAGGCAUAAUGGUGACACGGACCACUUUGCGAGGCGCUCCGAGGAAAAAAGACCGGAAAAGCUGCCAGCGCCCAGACGAAGGCUCGAAAAGCACGACCGCAAGAUAGACCUCGGUUUACAUGACCACAAAGCGCACGCAGAUUGUCCAGAUACCCUCGCUUGCCUCCCCGAUACACUCGGACGGCCUCAGCAUACUCUUCCUGUUAUACUACGAUGCGCUAUUCUCGGAAGUCCACGCAAGCGCUUGACUAUUCGAGAAAUUUACGCUACUAUGGAAGCAAAGUAUCCAUAUUAUAAGACGGCUGGUCAAACAUGGAAGCAAUCAGUGAGGCAUCACCUUUCGCUGAACCGUCUUUUCGAACGCCAACCACGACCGGUAACGGAUCCUGGCUUCGGUUCUUACUGGACUGUCAAUCUAGCUGCCCCACCUGGCACCAAACGACCGCGAAAGCGAGGGAGGCCCAAUAAGGAUGUAUCUGAAGGCGCAACUUUUAAAAAGACCUCAACUCCGAGAUCACUGCCCAUGUCUCAAGACGCACCUCAAAAUAGCCCACUUCCUGCACCUACUAAGUUCCAAUUCCAACCACAGACUCAUCCCCCUCCCCCGCCACCCCCUCUACCCCAACCCCAGGUAAACUCUUUAUCGCCUCGCUCGUCUCAUCAACACCAAAAUUCGAGUCAUUCGGUGUCGCAAUCGCAACCUCGUUCGUUGCCGCAGUCUCAGUCCCAACAGCCUCCAGUCCAGCCGCCUAGACCGCAAAGCUUACCUCAACCUCAUCCACAACCCCCACCCUUGCCACACAAAAUGUCACAUUACCAUUCACAGCCACGCGGGAACCAUCAUCCCUCGGUGCCACAACAGCCUCACCCCCAACCUGCUCAUCACCCUGAUAUUCAUCGCCCACAAUUGCAUCGUAAAGUCUCGACUCCUGUAACUUCUACAUCCGGCGCGUCUGGUCGCGAAUCAACUUAUCCUCCGUCUUCAAGGGACUCCGAGACCGACGACAACAGCAUGAUGGCACGAGAAGAGGGUGGUGUCCCGUUUGCCACCGUAUCUGAUGAUGAGUACGAAAGCGAAGAGGAUAUGGUUCGACCAUACGAUCGUCAUGAACCCCCUUCUCCUUUCAAACCAACGCAACCAUCGCCCAUCUUUUCCCUGCCCCCUUUCUCUUCGUUGGAGCAUACACGAGAAGACGUCGUUGAGCAUAUGCGACAAGAAAUCGCCACGCUUCGCCGGACCUCUGCUGAGGCAGUCUCCAUUUCCAUUCGGCUCUCAGAACAGCUAGCGCACGCUAAUCUUGAAGUAUCAAGGUCACGAGGGGCUGUUAGAGAUCUUGAGGACAUGCUGCAAGAUGAGACAGCAAAGCGCAAAGAAGCGGAAAGGCAAAGAGAGAUGGAAGCUGAGAGAAGACGCACGCUGGAGCACGCAUUCAACAAUUUAUCGAUGCGCUCGCCGAACGGAGUAGCCAUGAGUCCGAGCCGACCCCGGCCGACGUGA